AAAGCUGUUCCAGAUUGUUCCCUAAUCGUAUCCACGUAGUACCUAACCUCAAUAUUUCGAAAUGGCCGGUAACGAAAUACCGACGAAAAGUGAGGACAAAAAGCCGAUUUUUCGAAAUCUUGCGGCAGAAGAUUCAGAAUCUGAAAUCAAUGAGAUCGAAAGUUUAUGUAUGAAUUGUGGACAAAACGGUAUCACGAGACUUUUAUUAACUAAAAUACCACAUUAUAAAGAUGUCAUUAUUAUGUCUUUCGACUGCGAAUUUUGUGGAUAUCAGAAUAAUGAGCUGCAGAAUGGAGGAAAAGUUGCCGAUAAAGGUGUUAGAAUAACAUUGAACGUUUCCGUACCUAGGGACUUGAACAGACAAGUGGUUAAAUCGGACUAUACUAUGGUUCGGAUUCCACAUUUAGAUUUUGAAAUUCCUGCUCUUUCCCAAAAAGGAGAAGUAACAACGAUAGAAGGAAUCAUCGACAAAAGUAUCGCCGGAUUGGAACAGGACCAACCUGUACGCAGAAAAGAAAAUGAAGCAUCAGCAGUUCAAAUAGACUUAUUUCUGUCAAAAUUACGUUCUCUGAAACUUUUAAAAGAACCAUUUGUGAUCAUUUUUGAAGACAUCUCAGGAAAUUGUCAUGUUGAAAAUCCUGAAACACCACUUAAAGAUAAAUCAUGUGAAGUUAAACACUUUAAACGAACAAAAGAUCAAGAUCGUUCAUUGGGAAUCUAUUAUGAGAAUGAAGAUGCGUUACUGAAACCAGUUGCCGAUGAAGAUUUCACCCUUGAACAAUUGCAAGGAGAAGUUUUAACGUUUCCUACAAAUUGCCCUGCUUGUAACAGUCCAUGUGAAACUAAUAUGAAAAUGACGAAUAUUCCACAUUUCAAGGAAGUUGUAAUCAUGGCUACAAAUUGUGAUAUUUGUGGGAACAGAACAAACGAAGUUAAGAGCGGUGGAGGAAUUGAACCACAAGGAAUCAAGAUGGAAAUAACUAUUACAGGAAAAGAAGACUUCGGUCGAGAUCUACUAAAAUCAGAAACUUGCAAUAUGGAAAUACCUGAACUUGAGAUGGAAGUAGGUUCUUCUACAUUAGGUGGUCGAUUCACUACAGUUGAAGGCAUUAUUGUUGCUAUAAAGGAACAGCUGACCUCCUCGACGACUCUUAGUGGUGACAGUUGUGAUCCAAAUAUUGCUAAAAGGAUGGAUGACUUUAUUGCGGAACUAGAGGAAAUUCUUAAGGGAAACAAAAAGGUUACACUGGUACUUGACGAUCCGGCAGGCAAUAGUUUCAUUCAAAGUUUAUCCGAGGAUGGACCAGAUGAGAGACUAAAAAUCACAAAGUAUGAGAGAAGCUUCAGUCAAAAUGACGAAUUAGGACUGAAUGACAUGAAAGUGGAGAAUUAUGAAAACUAAAAUGUUUCAAUAUGUACCUGAGGGUUACAAGUUUGAAGAAAAGUGAGAACAAUCUCGAUACAUCAUCAUAAAAUUAAAAUGGUACAAGCAUCCAUUUUCAUCAUAUCUAUUUUAAAUACUGAAGUUUACUCAACUAUUGAAAGUCAAUAUGUAAAGCAUAGAUUUAUAAAUCAAUAGAAAAGUGAUAUUUAGUCUUAGCAGUGUGCCGGAAUUGGAAUGGAAUUUUAUAUUCAUUAAAUUUAAUUCAGUCAUCUGUAGCAUGCCUGGGAAAAUAAUAUUACAAAUAUUAUUUGUUGAUUAAGUACAUUUUUGUAGCAAGUGCUGUUUCUAUAAAAAUAACUAACACAA